UUUAUAUCCUUCUUGUGUUUUUUGUAUCCUUGGCUCUUCUUUCAGGUCUCGAGUUUCAAGCUGAUUUGCACGAGCCAAUUCAGUUUCCCCUUGAACAAGGAAAAAGAGAUGGCAUCCCUUACACCUGGAGUGCUGCUUAAGCUUCUGCAGACUAUAAACUCAUCUGUUAAGGUUCGCGGUGAAUAUAGGUCUAUCCUUUUACAAGUAAUAAGCAUUGUCCCAGCCUUAAGUGGAUCAGAGUUGUGGCCUUGCCAUGGCUUUUUCAUAAAGGUCUCCGACUCUUCCCAUUCAACAUAUGUAUCUCUGUCAAAAGAUGACAAUGAACUUAUCUUAAACAACAAGCUGCAGCUUGGGCAGUUCUUCUAUGUUGAUAGGAUGGAGGCUGGAACUCCAGUUCCCGUCUUAGUUGGUGUUAGACCGCUUCCAGGCCGACAUCCUUUCAUUGGUAAUCCCAAGGAUUUGAUGCAGGUGUUAGAGCCAUCUGAAGGCCCUGUUCAAGUUGAUCAGGAAGGUGAAGAUAGUUCAGUAUCAGUUGAACCGCCAGGAGCAAAAGAAAAUGGCCAAAGAAAGAAAAUUAUUAUUAAAGAGGACAAGGCUGUUGUCUCCUCAAGGUAUAUGCAGGGUGUCUUGACACCAAAUGGAAAAGCAAAUGGAGCUGACCCUGGCGGUGAGAAUGCUGUAGCAGGAAAGAGGAAUGGAUUUUUGAAAGGGAAACAAGCAGAGAUCAAGGUUCAGACUCGAACUCUGACUCCUUCACGAACUCGCCCUGAUGGACUUACUACAAACUCAGACAUUGACACAUUAAACGGCAAGGAGGCCUUUGCAUCCUCUAAAUAUCCAGCUAUCAAACACACCAGCAGCAAACAAGAAAACAUCGACUCGAAUUGCUUGCCUAACAAUCGAGACAAACACCAAUCUUCUGAGGGAAUAUGUUGGUCAAAUCUACCUGCAAACCUGCUGAAGCCUGGCAAGGGAUUGCUUCGGAGGAAAAACUUGGCCUCUUCAGUAGCAGCUGAAGCCCAGAAAGAAGCUUCCACAGCAGCAAAUCUGGUAAAGUGCCUCAGUAUCUUUGCUGAUCUUUGCUCAUCCGCUUCACCAACGAACCCCCAUCUCUAUCUUUCAAUGUUCUUUACGCUCCACCAGCUUAUUAAACAUCCAAAUGCCACAAACUCAUCAAAGGAUACACCAGAUCAUUUCACCGUCAACUCAUCCAUGCAAAAUACAGACAAAUAUGGCAAAAGGAUAUCUUCCUCAGUUAGUAGAGAUAGGAUGAAACUUUCAAAGUCUCCGACAGAUCUGACUGGUACCGAUAAACUCGAAUGGGCAAAUAUAGAUGGUUCAAAGGAAAUCAAGGAACUAAGAGAGAUUGUUUUAAAUGAAACACAAGCUUGGUUCUUGAAGUUCUUGGAAGAGGCACUUGAUUCAGGCUUCCAAGGGGGUAAACAGAACAAAAAGGGAAAGGAUUAUCUUAUAAACCAAACAGAUCCUGGUAACCAGAUUGCUCUCACGUUGUCACAGCUUAAGCAUGCGAACGAAUGGCUGGAUCAACUAAGAAAUGAUGCAGACUCAGAGAAAAAGGAGUUGGGCGAAAUUGUUGAUAGAUUGAAGCAAAAAAUUUAUUCCUGUUUGCUUCUUCAUGUCGAUUCAGCUGCAGUAGCUCUGGAAAGCCGAUAAGAUCCUAAGUGAUGAAAGAAGAGUAAGUCGAACAUGUACUAAAUUUCACCUUAUCAACUCUUAUUUGAUCUAUCUGAUUGCCAAGCACAACUAUUUAUGUACCUGAAUAAGUUAUUCAAGGUCACAAUGAUUGACCAUUCAUCUCUGGCAGCAAACUCUUCCUUCAACAAUUAUGUACAUACAAGGUAAUGUCAGCGGAGGAAAGUGCUUUAAUAUUGUUGUAGUGUGUAGAUAUAGCUUCAAUGCA